AUGGACCCUCUUCUUAUGCUCGUGCUCUCUUUCUUUGUGAUUCUCCUCAACCAUCCCGUCACUCAGAAAUUGGACCUGCUCACUCAGCACGAACCCGCAAACGUCCUACUACUCACCGCGCAUCCGGACGACGAAUGCAUGUUCUUCGCGCCCACUCUCCUUGCGUUGCUUGCCGCACAACCGCCCCCACAAGUCUUCUCCCUGUGUUUGUCCGUUGGGAACGCGGACGGACUUGGAGCGACGCGCCGGGAGGAGCUUGAGCGCAGCCUCGACGUGCUCGGCAUCGAGGAUGGGCGGCGAUGGGUUGGAACUCCAGGACAACUUCACCGCGACCUGGGACCAGCGGACAUCGCUGCCGUCCUGUACCCUUACGUCGCUGAGCACCACAUCUCCACGAUCCUCACGUUCGACCACCAAGGCAUCUCUUCCCACCCGAACCACGCCUCGCUCCCGCACGGCGUCGUCCACAUGCUCGCAGCCGACGCCUCGUCCCCGAAACCGCUCCGCCCGACCCCGCGCGUAUUCGCGCUAGAAACGGUGCCUUUGAGCUCAAAGUACCUCGGCUUCUUUGCCCCCCUGUUCCGCAAGGCGUCGAUAUCCAUGGAGCCGUACACCGGGAAGAUAUUCAAGAACGCGCCGGCGCAGCCGGUCGCGUUCGUGUGGUUCCGCUGGCUCUAUGUUGCGUUUUCGCGUACAUGUGGGUGA